AUGAGAUUAAAUACUUUACCGGAUGUUCUUUUUCCUAAUCCAAUUUAACAUCCUAAUUAUAAGAUCUCCUUUUUAUAGAAGGUUAAAGAAGAAAUAAUGAAUGUAUUAACGCAUAAUAAUUUAAAUAUAGAAUCAAUUUUUAAAUGAACCAAUGCGUAUGAGUAGAUAAAAUAUGACAAUACGUUCAUUGAAGAGAGGUUCAAUUAGAGUUGUUAGUGCUUCUAUUGUUUCAUCUUAAAACAAUACAUAAACUAAUUUUAGAACUGGGUCUUCAAAGUUUAAGAUGAUUAAAGAGCAUUCUUAGAUAGAAGAGACGGAUGAAACAUUUUCUCGAACAAGAACGCCUUCUCAAUUAGUAAAACGAUUAAAAAGAGGAUAAUCAAUGUUUGAUAAAUAGUUUUGA